GCGAUCGCAAAAUUUAUGAUGGCGGCUCACAUUGUGAAGAUUUGUUCUAAAAUAUUUCAUCGAUAAUCGGAGAUAAUUACGCUUAACUGUGUAGACGCGUUUUUUUUACUUUCUUUUGUGUUAAUGCAAGUGAAAACCUAGCCGUGAGUUUUAUGCAUUUAAGUUUAUAGAGUACAUCGGUUUUAAGAACACUGAUUAUCAUUUUUCUCUGCCGAUAGUAAACUAAAGAUGGCUAACAUUAAAACUGAUUACCAACCUAUGGAUAAAAUAUUUGCCAAAAUGAAGGGAUACCCUCAUUGGCCAGCUAGGAUUGACAAGCUGCCUCCAGGAAUUGACAAAGCACCUAAAGGAAAAUUUCCUAUCUUUUUCUAUGGAACUCAUGAAACAGCAUUUCUUGCACCUAAGGACAUUUACCCCUAUGACAAAUACAAAGAGAAAUAUGCCAAACCACAGAAGAGGCUGGGGUUUAAUGAAGGAUUGUGGGAAAUUGAAAACAACCCAACAGUGGUGUUCAUGGGAAAUCAACAACAAGAGGCAGAAUCCCCCGAGGCAGAAGAGGAAGAAGAUGAGAUGGCCAUCGAUGAAGAGGAAAAACCACUGAAAGGAAAAAAGAAGCAAGCAAAACCAAAACCAGCCCAGAAAAGAAAGAAGCCAACCACUGGGGGUAAGCCAGCUAAGAGAGCCAAGAAAGAGAAAGUGGUGGAGGAGAAUGAGGAAGAGGAGGAGGAGGAUUUAGAUGAGGAGGAAGAGGAGUCAGGUCCCUCCUCAGAUAACCCUGAGGAUGAGGAUUUUGAACUGGAAGAGAAACCAAAAAAGAAAACCCCUCCAAAGAAAAGAGGGAGAAAGAGUGCCAGCAAGAAGGCAGCAGAAUCAGAUGACAGUGAAGAAGAAAAGGACGAGGAAAGUGAAGAGGAAACAGAGGAGAAAGAGAAGAAACCGAAGAAAGCCCCAGCCAGGCCUCGGAAAUCAACCACCACACCUCCCAAAAAGGGAAGACCUUCAACUGGAGGAAAAAAGAAAGCUGCCAACAAAGUUGUAUCCAGUGACAGUGAAAUCAGUAGUGACAGUGAUUCUGAAGAAGAGGUCAGCAGUUGGAAGAAAAAAGAUGAGGAGAGGAAGAAAGCAAUGGAGAAAAAACUCAAAGAAGCUGAGGAAAAGAGGAAGAAAGAGGAGGCGGAGAGGAUUAAAGCCAUCCGAGCGGAACAGAGACUGGCCGCAAAAGAGGAGGGGGAAGAAGAUCAGGAGGAGGAGGACGAAGAGGAGGAGGUAAAGCCGAGGAAGAAGUCCAGGAAAAACAAGGAAGAAGACAAGACAACAGAUGAGGAAACCCAAUCCAGUACAAGAAAAACUUCUAAACAUGUCAAAAAGAAAACGGAAAAACCAGAGUCCAAGAAACAAAAAGUGGAUAAGAAGAAAGAGAAGGACAAGUCAAAGGAAGGAGAGGAAGAAGAGGAAAUGGAAGAGGGAAAGGAGGAAUCCACAGAGGAAGGAAAAACAGAGGAUAGCAGUAAGGAGGAAAAAUCCCCCAAGAAACCAGUGAUAGAGUCAGAUACGGAGGAAACGGAGGGGGUGGAAAAGUCAGAGGAAAAAGUGGAGGAAGGGGUGGAGGAAAAAAAGGAAUCCAAGGGGGAGGAGGAAAAAGACAUUGUGAAUGAGUUGAAAGAGGAAAUCCCAAAAGAGAAAGAGAAAUCGAAGGAAGACGUAGAGAAAGAGAAGAAAGCUAAAAUUGCCAGGGAAGAAGCCAGACGAGCCAGAGAGGAGGAACGCCGACGAAAACAGGAAAGAGAGAGGGAAAGGGAACGCAAAAUCAAAGAAAGGGAGGAAGAAAAAGAGAGAAAGAAGAAGGAAAAGUAUGAACAAAAGAAGAAAGAAAAGAUCAGUUUUAUUCACACGGAGGGUAUAUUAAGUGCUAUGGACAAUGAGAUUAAACUGUGUGUCCAGAGGGAAUCAACAGAUGUGGACAAGUGUCUAGCCAUUAUGGAGGAUUUGGAUGCUCUGCCUGUUAAUCAGGUCAUGCUGAAGAAAAACCCAGACAUCAUGAAAACCAUUAAAAUGCUGAGGAAAUAUAAAGGCAGUGAAAAGAUCCGGUUAAAAGCAGAGGUUAUCUACCAUAAGUUUAAAGCCUUCUUCUUACAGGGAGAUGGGGAUCUUAGUACAAUAAUGGAACAUCAUCAUCAUAAAAAGCAUAAAAAUACGGAGACCAAAGAACGAGAAAACAAGGAAAAUGAGAUAUCUCGCGCAACAGAAGUGACAUCCAAUGUGAACGACUCAACAGACGGAGUAGAAACUCGGCUAGGAAUGGAUAGUGACGUAAUUCCAGGAUUAGACCGAGUGUCCGAGAGCGGUCUGGACGCCUCUGCGAGUGAUUCGGAACUGACGAAACGUAUCGAACAAUUAACGGGGGAGGUGGUGGCCAAACUGGAGUCCUGGCCGUCAGACAGUAGUGAUAAAGAAGACGGUUUUAAAAGUUUAAAAAGCUGGCCAGAAUUGCCUCUGUUGCCAGGUUUAUCAUUUGAUUCUUCUAAGACUGCAAACCAUUCGGAAAAACCUAGUAUUGAUGGAACCAGUGAAAUCGCAGCUACGGAUAGUGAUGUUAAAGUGAAUGAGGUUAAUUCGAGUGAAAAUAAAGAUGAAAAAGUAUCAGAGAGUGACAAAAGAGAAGAGAAAACGUCACCUUCAAAGGAAAGUGAAAAAUCAGAUAAAACAAAGACAACUGAACCUGCGGCAGAAAAGUCGGUUUUCUCUCCCCCAACAAAUACGUAUAGAAGGACAUCUAAUAUUCUUAGUUUACCAUUACCGAUGAUCGACGAUGAUUCGCAGGAUGCGGGGUCGGAAGACGAUGCAAUGGAUAUUUCUCCUGUAGUUUCCCCGAAGAAAACGUCUAGUACUAAAGAGACCAAAGCCAACGUGAACCAAUCACCAGAGAAAGAGGAGGAAGAUCCUUUAGAUGAACAGGAGAGAAUAGACCUUGAUGCAAGGAUACAAGCGAUAAUGGCCAGCAACACACUCAACAACCUAGAAACAGAAGAUAGCAAUGGACCAGUGUCACCCACAGAUGAAAAACCGGAGAAAGAAGAAGAAGAGGAAAUCCUCAAACCUGUGCUUAAAAAAGACAUUUCAGUGAAAAAAGUAGAGGUACCCCCGAAAAAAACAGAAAAAGAAGGGGACUCCGAUGCAGAACCAAUCAUGGACGAUGACGAACUUCAUAGUUUAUUAGGAAUUUAAUGCAAUGAUCAGAGCUUGGAUUUCACAAUUAUCAUGGUUAUAAUCUGUACUGGUACGUUACGUGUGGGUGUAUCAUUUGCCCGCGAUGAUAUCACGCCCAUGUAAAAAGCUCAUCUAAGCUGCUGGUUGAUAAAGUCCAUCUGCGCCAUUGAUUAAAAAAUGAUCCUAUUGUUAACUGGUACAGAAGUUUGGGAAACAUCCAGAGUUUAUCUGUUCUGUUCUUGUAGUAUGCUUACUGUGCAGUGUCUAUCCCAUUGUCACAGAUACCUUGGGCUACUUUUUAAAAUGUAAAAAUUUUAUCAAAGAAGGGAUAAUAUCUCUCUGCAGGUCAAUGUGUAUUGUAGAAAGUUUUCAGAUUGAAAUGUUUUCCUGAAAGAAACUGGACCUUUAAAGGGUAAAGUGCUUGUACUGUAUGCAACAUUAUUUUUCACCCCCUAAUACUUUUGAAAACAAUUUUGUGACUUUUCUGAAAUCAUGUUUAUGAUUAUAAUCAAAUAAUGUGUAUCAAAAAAAAAUGAUAAAAGUAAAUAUGUCAUUGAUCUUAAAUUUAAAUCCUUUGCCAAAUGUUUGGAAAAUAU